GUCAUCGUCAAGGGGCCUCAAGGAGUCAAGGGUGCGUAUUGCUGCUUGCUCUCUUCCAGCCUCCGUCGACCGGACCGGAGCACCCCCGCCGCCCGAACGAAAUUUCCUCUCGCCGUCCUUGUCGCCCCACUCCCAAUUGCUAUCGGAUUUGCGCGGGGUGGGGAUCCUUCUGGACUCGGACUGGAUUCUUUUUGUUGGUCCACCCCCUGUUUCGAGGUGAAGGCGGGAGGGCCGGAUCAUGGGGGCCUCUGCCCAGGAAUCGGGCCUCUGGAAGCAAAUCGACGACGCCGAGUACUAUCUAGUCAGCGGAUCAUUUGAGCAGGCAGUAUCGACUGCUUUAUGCGUCGCUGAUCAAAUACGCAUGGCUUCUUUGGAAAAUGCAUGCGACCACAGGGAGCUCUUAGAAAUGCUUGAAUCGGCUGGGAUGGUACUAGUUCAAGCACUAAAAGAACUCAGGAGGACGUCGGAGAUGUUUGUUCAGCUUAAAACGAUGUUUGGUUCGGUGGCAUCAGUACCUGUUAAAGUUUUCCUUACAGGAGCUACCAUGCAAAUGGCAGCAGGGUCUGGAUCUGAUCUUACAUCAAUCUUUGAGGAGUACCUUGCUAAAUGGAGAUAUACGGAUGAAGUUUAUGUUUUGGAUGGAGGACAAGACAUCUCGUCAAAUGGUUUUGUUAUUACAUCUGUUAUGUCAACUGAGCAGUACUUGGAGGUGGCAGAAUUGUAUACAGUAACAUUCCUUAGUAUUGUCUCCCAAGAGAGUGAAACUGCUAUCACAUGGGCAGAAAAAGCGGAGUUGACUCAGAAAGAUCGGCAGAAUCUACUAAACAAACUUCAGGCACUGCAAUCAGCUGCAAAGAAAAAUUCCUCCACUGCUUUAGGGGUAAAACAAACAGCAGAAAGGAACAUUUCCACUUCUACAAAUGGCUCAGUACCGUCAGUACAUGAGGAUGCUCCAAACACAGUGCCUGCGUACAAUGGGCUUAAAAAGGGUUCACAGGAAAAAAACCAACCUUCUAUUCAACGUGUCACAAAUCAAUUUGAUCCUAUGUUUUGGUGGUUUCAUUUGGUCCGUGUAAGGCUUGGUAAAAUACAUAUCGUUCUACCGAGUGGCAAGUUAAUGCUUCUGUUCUCAUUGUUGUUCUCGACAGUCUUCUUACUUCGCAGGAAAACUGCUGGCUUGAAGAGGACUGUGUUCCGGCACGCUUCAUCUCUGCGACGAGCAUUCUUUGAUGCCCUGCAACUCGCCUUCUCUGUCCAGAUGAACCCGCUAGCUGCUGUUCAACAAGUGCCACAAGCCCCUCGAGGAAGCUGGUGAUAAUGUUUAUUUAUGCGGACAUGUAACUUACAAUACGGAGAAUCGGAAUAUGACUGAUGUAAUACCUGAUUUUGUGUCACGGAAAAUGUAAAGGCAACAGUCCUCAAUACAGCAUGAUAAUGACCUGGUUUUUGGCAUGCCCAGUUUUGAAGCGGAGACUCGAA